AUGACUACCAGUCGCGCUCACCUUCCCCACCAUGCUUUCCUCACUUCCGAGCCCUGGAUCGUGGAAUCUAAGCCGUUGAGAACGACACGCAUCUCUUGCGGUAAAUAUAUCGAACGCCAGGUCGUUCGUGCAUGGAAGCGCGUCACUGGCGUCACUCGCAAACAUCAACGUGCUUCCUUCCUUCCAAACGAUUUCAUCCUCGUCACCUCUCGCCGUCGCAGCGUGAUCUUGGCCUGA